AUGUCGAAACGUCAUCUUUUCGACUCGCCGGAUGGGCUUGUGAACAAAGCCCUGCGAGGCAUCAUCUCUUACAACCCCUUCCUGGCUCUCGACGAGGCGAACCGCGUCGUUUUCGAUACCAAGUUUGACAAGUCCAAGGUCAGCGUCAUCAGUGGCGGCGGCUCCGGCCACGAACCAGCCUGGUCAGGCUACGUGGGCACGAACCUGCUUUCGGCAUCAGUAGCGGGCGACAUCUUUGCAAGCCCAAGUACCCGGCAAAUCCUAUCCGCCAUCGACCAAGUUCCUUCCGACAAAGGCACCAUCCUCGUCAUCACAAACUACACUGGUGACUGCCUGCACUUUGGCCUCGCCAAUGAAAAGGCGCGCGCCAGAGGCCACGACUGCCGCAUGAUCAUCUGUGGCGACGAUGUCUCGGUCGGCAAGAGGGGCAGCCUUGUCGGGCGACGCGGUCUUGCUGGCCAACUUGGCGUCCUCAAGGUCAUGGGUGGUGCCGCCGGCGCAGGUGGCUCACUAGAUGAGGUGUACGACCUCGGUGUCGCCUUUUCGCAACAAAUUGUCUCAAUCGCGGCGUCUCUCGACCACUGUCACGUCCCCGGCCGGACGGAGCACGGUGCGCUCCUCGCCGACGAGGUCGAGAUCGGCACGGGUCCCCACAACGAGCCCGGGUACCAGAAACUCUCGCCGCCGCCGUCCCCGGAGGAGCUCGUGCGCAAGGUCCUCACGUACUGCCUCGACGAGUCGGACCCGGAGCGCGGCUACGUCCAUUUUGCGCCGGGCGACGAGACGUUCCUGCUCGUCAGCAACUUUGGCGGCAUGUCACACCUCGAGAUGGGCGCCCUCGUCGAUGAGCUUCUCGACCAGCUGGCAGCAGAGUGGCGCAUGGAGCCCGUGCGUGUCUUUGCCGGGUUUCUCGAGACAUCGCUCAACGCGCCGGCGUUUAGCGUGUCGGUCAUCAACGUAUCGGCCGCGGCGGGCAAUUGCUCGUACAGCGUCGAACAGAUCCGCGGAUUCGCCGACGCGCAUACGGGCACGUACUGGGAGUCGAUGACGGGUCUGCAGUCGCAGAGGCGGAAACGCGGCGAGCAGAUUGUCACGGCGCCAUCGCAGGCGGACGAGGAGGCAAAGAGCAGGCGGGCCGCCGCCUUGGACGAGGCGCAAGACGUCAAGGUUGAGCCUGCCAGGCUAGAGGCCAUGCUGCGCACGGCGUGUGAGGCACUCGUGGCAUCCGAGCCAGACCUCACGCGCUGGGACACGGUCAUGGGCGACGGUGACUGUGGCGAGACGGUCAAGACGGUGGCCGUGUCGCUGCUAGCGGCGCUCGACGCGGGCGUGGCGCGGUCUGGGUCCGUGGGCCGCGUGCUCGCCGAGCUCGAAGAUAUCGUCGAGUCCAAGAUUGGCGGCACGCUCGGCGGCGAAAUCCGGCCGGUACCCCCCACCCAAGGGUGGGAGGCCGCACCAUCAUGGACACUCUCAUUCCCUUUGACGAAGGGCAAAGGCCGUCGGGAGCUUUCACGGCAGGGCGUGGAAGGGUGCUGUGGGGCGGUGCCGAGUCGACCAAAGGGCAUGAAAGCCGCGGCUGGGCAGGGCGACCUAUGUCGGAGUCGGGUCUGGAGACGAGCGCAGGGAGAUCCCGCCCGACCCGGGCGCGUGGGCAGCGAGGGUCACUGUGGAGGGGCUCCUCGCGGGGAUGGCUUAGACUAGGCCCCUGUGGCCAUGAUUGGUAGCGGCAGCGA